AUGCCCAGCGACGACACCAUGGGCGGCCUCGACGCCCUCGUAGCAGCUGCCUCCUCCGUGCGCGAGGGGAAGCGCGGGAAGGCAGCGGGGAACGCCAAGGAUGCCCCGGCGGCAAACAUCGCCAUGGACAUGAUCGACCCCUCCCUCCAUAACGAGAAUGGCGACAAGCUCAACCCUAGCGCGCUCAAAUCCCUCCUCAACGCUCCCCAUAUCCGUAGCUACCUUGCAGAAUACCAUGCCAACAACCCCUCCAGUCUAUCUGCCCAGCUCUUUGCUGGCGGAGCGCCCACUGCUCAACCCGCCCCGGGUCCGCCCACCCCCGCCCAGGUCACGAGAUACGGCCGUAUAUCUCGUCCGUCUGGUCUCCCUCCCACACCUGGGCGUUCCUCUGAAACUGGCGGCAACGACACGCAGCUUCAGUUGAUCAAGGAUGCUCUGGAGAAUGUGCAGGGAGCUGGUAGUGAGGGGCAAGCCUCUGAUACUCAGUAUGAAGGACUGGCGAACCUUGCCUCUAGCCAAGCAGAGGGGCGGUUCUGGAAGACUGGGGAGAACUCUGCGGCAGGCGCUGCGUGGGAUGGCGCAGAGACGCUGCAGGCUGCCUUGAAGGACAGUGACGGGCAGAACAAGCGACCUCGAGUGAGGUUAGAACCGAGUGAAGAUAAAGAAGAGGGGAAUGAGCCCGAGCUGCCUCAGUGGCCGCUGCCUCCGACCGGUAAAGGCGGGAGGAAGGCGAUGCCUAGAGAUGAGUUGUUGGCGAGAAGGAGAGCUCGAAACAAGGUUGCUGCCCAGGAAUCGAGAAAGAGAAAGAAGAUGCACUAUGGCACACUUGAAGAACAGCUCCAAGAGAAGGACAAUGUCUAUGCCGAGCUCCAGACCCACUGCCGCAAUCUCGAAAGAGAACUUGAGCUGACAAAGCGGGUCCUCACCAACUCGGGCAUUCCCCAUCCCCACUUUGUGCCCGAAGUCCAUGCCCCCUUGCCUCCUCGCUCGCGAACAUCUACCGAGGAGCCCGAUGCCGCCCGUCCCAGGUCCGGCCGGUCGGCUGGGUCUUCUGCCCCCACACCGGGAGUACACGCGGAAGACUACAGCUCCCUCGCAUCCCUGUCCAUGGUGCAAUCCGCCCCCACCCCAGCCCCGAACCCCGUUUCUGCGCCUCCUGCCGCUCCGGCCGAGCUGGCUUUCAGCGAUCUCUUCAAUAUCGACGAAGACGAAAACGAUGCGGACUUUGUCCCUGCUUCCAGCCCGGGCGCUAGGGAGAGUGAUUCCGAGGAUAGUGAGGAGGAAGAGGUUGAGGAGAGUAGGCCGAGGAAGAAGGCCCGUGGUGCUGCCAACUCAAGCAGUGCCAAGGGGAAGGGAAAGGCGAAGGCGAAGCAGAGUCAGGCUGUCAACGAAGAAGAAAUCGACGAACUCGCCACUCCUCCCCCAGAGACCCCGGCUUCAGGGGACGAAGACGACGACGAGGAAGAAAACCUCUUCCUACCUAUCGAAGACGUGCCGAUCCCCCCUCGUGACCACGCUACAGAGGAGCAAACUCGAGUCAUGGAACAGGCGAUGAAAGAGCUGGGGGUGGAGACCCCGGAAGAGUUGAUGGAGACUGUGAGGAAGCUGGUAGAGACGACGGAUCAUGGAGGUGUGACACCGGCGCAGGUGGGCACGUUGACUAGGCUUUUGGCGUUGGGGCAGGCGCAAGGCUUGAAUGUCUGGUGA